AUGGCGCGUAGUGAAGCCCUGACGGUAGGGCGGGGCGACCGCAAACGCGAUGAGGCGGCUCAGGGUCGAUAUGUCUCUAUUGUUCCCAUCCUCGGCGUUCGGCGUAAAAGGCACGUUACUAGAGUUAUCGAUAAAAGACGUAUAUCGAUACCGAUAGAGCACGUUCGCGACAGAGAACUCAUUCGCAACGGCGCAGCGUCUACGAAACUCCGUCUCGAAAAUUCCGAACGCUCGCUCGCUCCAUUGUGUCGAAAAGUGUGGGGCCCGCGAAAUGCACUCCCCGCCUCGGGCCGUAAUCCACUUACGCACACAUGCGCGCCCGUAAUGCGUGAACCGGCCGACAUCUCCCGCGGCGCACAUGUGACUCCGGCAUCAGUCACCAGCCGUCCCUUGUCAAGGCUCGCUAUCGGGCGCGCCCAGGGCUGCCACUCACAAAAACUCCUAGCCGAUGUCACGAAAGACGCGUUCUCGCCGCGCCCAAUACGAGGUCGAAUGUCUCGUCUGCUGGUACCGAUCGAGUUUCACAAGUGGCUGAGUCGCGGCGCCGCUAACGUGGUAGUGUUUGCUCUUACGCGAGCGUGCGACGUUAUCUCAACACCAACAUGGACCGGUCUUAGCAGCGGACGAAGCGGGCGCGCCAGUAACCGCCGGGGGCGGGCCGGCGCGUUAGCGCACGCGAUGUUUGCGGCGUUCGCGUCGCGGCGGGAAACGCGGGAAACCGAAUCGAGUAUGCCCGAUUUGAAUGCUCCGAAAUUCGAAUUAGGAACGGUCGCCCGCCUGUCCGAU